CAGAUCCGUCUGGGUUUGAGCGAAGGCGCGUCUUGGCACGCGAAGUAUAAGCAUUCCGCGUACGUGUUCGCCGGUGGGCUCUCGUUCGAUCUCACCGAAGGCGACGUUCUCGCGGUGUUUUCGCAGUACGGAGAGAUCGUGGACGUCAACCUCGUUCGGCACGAGGACACGGGGAAGUCACGAGGGUUCGCGUUCAUAUGUUACGAGGAUCAGCGUUCGACAGUUUUAGCGGUGGACAAUCUGAACGGCGCGAAGGUUCUAGGGCGAAUCAUCAAGGUGGACCACGUUGAGGACUAUAAAUUAAAAGACGAA